AAGCCACCGUUGGUUACAGCUGUUUCCACGAUUUCUCUCUCUCUCUCUCUCAGUCUCUCGCUUUUUCGUCCACUGCCCACUAUUCUUCUGUUCUUUCCAAGCCAACAGGGACGUUCAAACUUGAAAUCAGAGUAAAAAAUCUUACAAAAAUUUCCCCCUUCUCUUCCUUUUCUUUAUUGGGUUUUGGCAAAAUUUACCUCAAUUUUAUCGCAACUCCUCUAAUUUUUCUUGUUUCUUCUGAAAAUCAAGGGGGCAGUACUUUGUAGUUGGUCCAGAUAUUACCCCCCCAUCUCUUUCUUUAAGCUGUGGAACUGUUCGGUUCGUGAGGAAAUUAAAAAAAAGCAAAAACCCCCCUAAAUUUCUCCGUCUAUUUCGUGACAAAUAAUGCAGAUUUCAGAGAGGAAGGGUAUAAACUUAUUGUCUUCCCGAUUAGAGAGAGAGGGAGGAAUUUCCUUUUCUGGGUUGGGUUUGAUUUUGGGCCUCGUGAUCUGUGAAGUCUCUGUGUGACAUCCAAGACUCUUGUAGAGGCAUCGGGAUUGGGUUUUUUUUGGGUCAUUAUUAGAUCUAUCUGUGUUUAGUUGUUCGACUCGAGAAAUCCUUCUCCAGAAACAUUCAUCCUUCCACAUUUAGAGAGAGGAGAAAAGGGAUUCAUCAUCGUCUACUUGAAGGUGGAAAUUGAUACUGAUUUUGGUAUUUCGGGAAAUGUUGCUGUUCUUCUUCUUCAGGAAUUGUGGCUCCUCUGCUUUCUGUGGAGUACUGCAGUACUGGUUCUACUUAGCUACUAAUCACAAGGUGUGGAGACUGAACCUCAGUACAUUUUCAUGGAGGCGUAAGCCUCUUGUUGUCCAAAGAAGGCAUAAGUCUCGAGGCUAAAAGUUAGAACCUUGCCUCAAAGCGAGCCUCAAAAUCAGCUCAGAUUGGGGAUGAGUCGAUGAUUCUGAAGUAUUAGUGGCUUGAACCAAACCGAUUUUGGACUUGGAUACUUGAGUUCGUUGAAAUAUAAACGAUCUAUCGAAUGGACAAAAAAUUGUGACCGAAAUGAAUCCGCAGGCUUUUAUUAGGUUGUCGAUUGGCUCGCUGGGAUUGAGAGUCCCGGGAGAUUCUCUAAACUCUACAAAACCUGGAAUCAAUUCUUUCUCUUCUCCGUGCUCAUGCGAAAUUCGUCUUCGAGGUUUCCCCGUGCAGUCAUCUUCAAUUCCCAUACUCCCGUCUCCCGAAGCCAUACCUGAGUCUCAUAGCAUUGCCUCAAGCUUCUAUCUUGAGGAGUCUGAUCUUAAAGCAUUACUUGCACCUGGCUGCUUCUACAACACUCAUGCCUGUCUUGAAAUAUCUGUGUUCUCUGGAAGGAAAGGAUCCCACUGUGGUGUUGGCAUCAAAAGGCAGCUGAUUGGGACGUUUAAGCUGGAUGUCGGUCCCGAAUGGGGCGAUGGGAAGCCGGUCAUUCUUUUCAAUGGGUGGAUAGGCAUUGGCAAAAGUAAGAAUGAGAAUGGAAGGCAUGGUGCAGAGCUUCAUUUGAAAGUGAAACUGGAUCCAGAUCCAAGAUAUGUUUUCCAGUUUGAAGACGUCACGAGGCUAAGUCCACAAAUCGUCCAGCUUCAAGGCUCGAUCAAACAGCCGAUCUUCAGCUGCAAAUUUAGUCGAGACAGGGUGUCCCAGGCGGAUUCAUUGAGCAACUAUUGGUCAGGUUCGGCCGAUGGCCUCGAUCUUGAGGCCGAGAGAAGAGAAAGAAAAGGCUGGAAGGUGAAGAUACAUGAUCUUUCUGGCUCGGCUGUUGCAGCAGCCUUCAUAACUACUCCCUUUGUGCCAUCAACAGGUUGCGAUUGGGUUGCCAGGUCGAGCCCCGGGUCCUGGCUGAUUGUUCGUCCCGAUGUUUGCAUACCUGAAAGUUGGCAGCCAUGGGGAAAGCUUGAGGCGUGGCGCGAGCGUGGAAUUAGAGACACCGUCUGCUGUCGCUUCCACCUUCUCUCCGAAGCGCAGGAGGGAGGUGAACUUCUCAUGUCUGAGAUCCACAUCAACGCCGAGAAAGGUGGGGAGUUCUUCAUUGACACCGAUAAACAGCUACGAGCUGCAGCAAGUCCAAUACCCUGCAGAGUACAAGGGGAAGGAAAGAGCAGUAAGCCGAUGGUUCAACUCGCAAUGCGACAUGUGACGUGUGUGGAGGACGCUGCUAUUUUCAUGGCGCUUGCAGCUGCCGUCGACCUGAGCAUCGAGGCGUGCAGGCCGUUCCGAAGGAAGAUCAGGAGAGCGCCUCGGCAUUCUUAGGGGGAAAAAAUGAUAGAAAAGGGAAAGGAAAAGAAGUGUUUUUAAGGUAAAUUUGAUGUGUAGAAACAUAAACAAACAUGGGAAUACAUCUGUAUGAAUUUUAUCUUCCGAAGGCUUAUAAAAUUUGGCAUUUUGUACAGUAUGAGCUGAUCUCCUUUACAUUAUCUUUUUGAAGGCCAUAGAUUGUAACUAAUUAGGCUUUCCAACCUAUACACAUAACUAAAAUGUAUAUUCUCAA